AUGCUCCUUGGAGGAGCCGGAUGGUUCGGAUCCUUCCUCCUUCUCGAAGCUUGCAGCUCUACUGGCAUCUAUAUUGGCGAUAAGUUCUAUGGUCGAUUCAUGUUGACACCAUUUGUAUUGAGCCGGAGUUUUCAUGCUACAGGUCACCGUUGUUCACAACACAAGGACUACUACAAAAUUCUUGGUAUUCCUAAGGAUGCAUCGCAGGAUGACAUCAAGAAGGCAUUUCAUUCUCUUGCCAAAAAGUAUCAUCCGGACACAAAUAGAGGCAAUACUGCUGCAAAAAGGAUGUUUCAGGAAAUAAGAGAUGCUUAUGAGACACUACGGGAUCCUUCAAAGAGAGAGCAAUAUGACAUGCUAUUUUCUAGAGGGCCAAGGAUGGAGUUUGAUGGGUCCUAUCAUGACACAUUCUCAGGAUACAACAAUCAGAGACAUGACCCUUUCACAGAAUUCCACAGACAGAAUGAUGGUCGUUUCUCUAGUAAAUUCUAUAAAAUAUUUUCUGAGGUUUUCCAGCAAGACAUAAAUGCGCAGGCAAAUGAUAUUAAGGUAGAGUUGAAUCUGUCUUUUAGCGAAGCUGCCAAUGGCUGCAUAAAGCAAGUGUCCUAUCGUGCAAAAAAUGUUUGUGAUUCAUGUGGUGGGAGAGGUCACUUGCCAAAUGCAAAGAUAUAUGUUUGUCCCUCAUGUAAAGGUUUGGGAAGAGUCACUAUGUAUCCAUUCACAACCAUUUGUAGUUCUUGCAGAGGUGUCGGGAAAGUAAUAAAGGAUUACUGCUUGACAUGCCAAGGUUCAGGGGUGGUAGAUGGUAUGAAACAUGUAAAAUUGGAUAUACCAGCAGGACUUGAUUCUGGUGACACAAUCAAUGUACCGGAGGCUGGAGAUAGUGGUGGACUUGGUGUCCAGUCUGGAAAUCUACACAUCAAAAUUCAAGUAGAAAUUGAUCCUGUGUUUACCCGAGAUGGUGCUGACAUCUAUGUCGAUAAAAGGAUAAGCUUCACACAGGCGAUGCUUGGUGGAAAAGUUGAAGUACCUACUUUAAAUGGGAAAACAGAAGUGAAGAUACCCAAAGGAGUCCAACCAGGGCAAGUUGUAGUUCUAAGGGGGAAAGGAUUGCGAGAUCCGCCAGGAUACUUCGGGGACCAAUAUGUCCGAUUCCGAAUUCAUUUCCCCUCAACAAAAGUAAUGAUUAGUCAUCCAUGUAGCAGAAAAGAGUUGAAACUGUACAUAUUUAGUGGAUUUCCUGAACUGUUUGCACAGCCUGAAGUCAACCCAGUCUGA